CCUUUGUUACUUUAACAUGCAAUUGCUAAUAUUUAAGGAAGUAAGAAGGAAAAGAACUGAUAUACAAUAUAUGGGAAGCGUGGUUUGCAUGUAUCCAACACCAGGUGGCGCCUUAAAAGUGACCUUAAAGUCAAAGUCAAAUUUUGACACUGAUAAACUGAAUCAUGAUGAGAGAGUGAGUUCAGCAGCUGCAGAUACAGACCUGUUUUACUGUCUUGGUUCAGUAAACGAACAGUUAUUUUCUAUUCAAAUGCAUUCACUGAGGUGUGACAGUCUGAGGUCAUGAACCUUCAGCCAAAAAUCAAUAUUUGGUUUCAGGAUACAUGAAUAAACGAUGAGAAUCCUGCCCUUCACUUACAAACACACCAUAUUCUUAAAGAAUAGUUAUUUAAUGCUUUUAGGAUUCAUUCCAAAAUAUGAUUCCAUUAGAAUAUGAAGCAAAUCUUCACCUCAACAAGAAUUAUUAGUAGAAAUAAUUAUUACAAAUAACAUAUUAGCCAAGGAGAUUUGCUGUGAUAUGAUCAUACUCCUCUCCCACAUUCCAGGGUGUUUUAGGAUCUGUGAUCACAUGCACGUCACAUGAUCAGAUCAGAGACACGAGCGUCUGAUUAAAUCAUUACGAGAGACAAACUUCUGUGUGGAAAGUCAUUUGACAACACAUACUCACACAGUGGGUUCAAAAGAGCGUAUAUACUGCAUAAUCUAAACACUUUUUACAUGCAUUUUUGAGAUGUGAUCAGAAGGGUCGUAGGUCAAAGUGUAGCAUAAUGUGUUUCUGAAUCAGUGAUCAAUCAUCCUCCUCCAUUCUGCCAUAAGCAAGUUUAGGAAAAACCACAGCAGCAGAAACAAGGCAGUUAUUGACUCACUGCUACUGUAUUUUCCAUCUGAAUAUUGACUCAUGCUCUGAACAAAUUUUAACACAUGAUGAUGAGGAGGUUUGUGUUUCCUUUGGAAACAAUGAUGCAGUAGUGCUUGUGAUAUUUUAUUCUUAAGCAGCCUGUGAAAUAUCAUAAUAUGACAUUCACUUAUUAAACAAACUAUUCUUAGAUAAGAUAAACAGCUUAAAUAUUCUAUAUACACAUAAAUAUUAUUAUAUUUAUUAUUAAAAUGUAUUUUUUUUUACAACAACAAAUUCUUUCACUUUGACCUUUUGUUGCUCUAUUAUCUCCUGGGUGUCUUCUAUGGCAUUUAUUAAAUGAUUUUUAACCUCGCAGUGAUUCAUUUGUCAUCUUCUCACUGGGUUAUUGUGUUUCCGUUCACUGCAGUCACUGUCUCCCGCUGUGAUCAAACAUUAUUCUCCAAUCCUACUACCGCGCAGGCUUUGCUUAUGAAUAUUAAGCGUUUAACCAUUACGACGUUGCUUGGUAACCCUCUCGGCGUCCUAUUACGUAACGUAAUUAAUAUUCAUGAACCACGCCUUCACCGCUGUAUGAUUCGCCAGCUUACCCAGCGCCCACCUGCCUGCCAGCCAAUCAGAAAGUCUUCUUUAUCCAACGUCACGCUGCGUAAUUAAUAUUCACGCACCAAGCCUUCGCCAUAGUAGGAUUGGUGGAUUCUCUCUCCGGUUGUGAAGGGGUUAACAGGGAGGGCGGAACUCCGCACCGGCCGCAGUAGAUGAUCGCAAUAUUGAUAGCGAGAGGUGCGGAGACACUAACGCUGCUCGGAGACGCGUUUUAGAAAUGUUAUUUGGAUUUCUUUUGCACCACUACGGGAUCGUGACGCGCGCGUAUUGACCUCUUGGAUGAUACAGAGUGGACGCGACGCGAGUGUUGCGCGUCGCACAGAUACCGAAGCGGAUACAAAUCCAUUUGUGAAUAUAAUAUUAAAUCAUCGCGUGUAUAUUCAGUCAAGGGAGCGUUUACAGAUGCGCAGACGCGGGUCGCUGUGUGCAGGUGGAUGAUCAUGAUGAUGAUGAUGAGGAAGAUGAAUCCUUAUCACCUUUCUCUUUUGAAUGAAUAGUUAUUGAUUACUCUAAUUCACAGUAGAUUUAACACAGGGAGGAGUAACCCGAAGGCGCAAUGGUCGUAGUUCAUGGAUGCACCCUGCUCGGGUUCGAACCUGCACCCGCCGGGUCACCCGCCUCAGGUGUGUGAGCAUCAGCGGUCAGCCGUCAUGUUGCCCGGGGUGGGUGUGUUCGGCACGAGUCUGACGGCCCGGGUCAUCAUCCCUCUGCUGAAGAACGAGGGCUUCUCGGUGAAGGCGCUGUGGGGUCGCACGCAGGAGGAGGCGGAGGAGCUCGCGCGCGACAUGAACGUGCCCUUCUACACUAACCGGAUCGAUGACGUGCUGCUGCAUCCGGAUGUGGAUCUGGUGUGCAUCAACCUGCCGCCGCCGCUCACGCGACAGAUCGCCGUCAAGACACUGGGUAUUGGAAAAAAUGUAAUAUGUGACCGGACGGCGACUCCGCUGGACGCCUUCCGCAUGAUGUCUGCAGCCCAGUACUACCCGAAGCUGCUCAGCAUCAUGGGUAACGUGCUGCGUUUCCUCCCAGCCUUCGUCCGCAUGAAGGAGCUGCUGGAGGAGGGUUACGCCGGCGAACUCCUGGUCUGCGAGGCGCAGGUUCACGGCGGCAGCCUCCUCGGGAAGAAGUACAACUGGAGCUGCGACGACCUGAUGGGUGGCGGCGGACUGCAUUCGGUGGGCAGUUACAUCAUCGAUUUACUCACUUUUCUGACCGGCCGGCGGGCGGCGAAGGUGCACGGCUUCCUCAAGACCUUCGUCAAGCAGACCGACCACAUCCGAGGAAUCCGUCAGAUCACCAGCGACGACUUUUGCACCUUCCAGAUGGUGCUAGAAGGAGGCACUUGCUGCACGGUUACACUCAACUUUAACGUCCCCGGCGAGUUUCGACAGGAGGUUGUGGUCGUGGGAACGGCUGGAAGGUUGAGGGUUUGCGGGACGGACCUGUAUGGGCAGAAGAACGAUGGCGAAUGCGGUCAGGAGCUUCUUCUCAAGGACAAAACCCAGGUAGGGGACGCGUCCCUCCCUGACAAGGCUUUCCGGGACAUCCCGUCUCCCUACCUCACCGGCACCAUCUGCAUGGUUCAAGCCGUACGGCAGGCGUUUCAGGACCAAGACGACCGGCGCACUUGGGACGGACGGCCGCUCACGAUGGCCGCGACUUUUGAGGACUGUUUGUACGCUCUUUGCGUCGUAGACACGAUCAAGAAAUCGAAUCAGUGUGGAGAGUGGCAGAACAUCGUCGUGAUGACGGAAGAACCGGAGGUCAGUCCUGCGUACCUGAUCAGCGAGGCCAUGCGACGCAGCCGGAUGUCACUGUACUGCUAACGCGGCUCAUGCAUGGACGCAACUGGAAAUGGAUUAUAGUCCCAAACAUCAUCUCUUGCUGGAGUUACGAGUUAAGGCGCUGUUCACAGCAAGACGAAUGUUUGAUGCGAAAAUUCGGUGUAGCUGUUAAUGCGACUGUUCAGACCAAUGCAAUGUUUUUUUUCAGAGAGGUUUGGUAAUCUCUUUUCCAUGGCAUAUGCUUUUAGCUCUUUCCUCGCAAAAACCCAGAAUUUUCUGUUAUUUAACAUUACCUGAGACUAUCAUUGCCAUUCUUUGUGUUGACAAAGACGUCAUCGUAGAAAUAAACCGUUUCUAAAAUAGAUUCAUCACGUGUCGCCGUCGCGGCUCGUUAUAUAUAUAUAUAUUGCAUGUUCAGAUAUUCAUACAGCAAGAUAUUCUGGGGGCCAUGAAAUUUUUGUGAAAAUUAGCAAAAAUGCUGGCGGGGAAAGAGUUAAAGAUUUGAGAUGAAAAUGCAUGAUUUUUGUGCUAAAACAUGAAUGUGUUCAAUUCUAAAAAGUACGAGCCUGUUCACAGCGAGAUUAAUAUUUGGCGCAAAAAUGUGAUGCAAUAAACGAGCAAACAUUUGCUUGCCAUCGCACUGCGAAGAAAAAUAUUUCUGCUUUUCUAAAAGUGCCACCUACUGUCAUUGAGUGAAUCUGCAUUUCAUUCAGCACUGGUCUGAACAGACAAAUUGCACGCGAAAAUCAUUUGUGCCGAACACUCGUGUUGUUGUGAACAGGCCUUUAGAGAGGCUGGAUUCUGGGAAUACCGGGAUACUUCACCUUAAGGACGUGCAACUGGAGGAAACAUUGUGCCUCCUGAGUUGAACUUUCAGCUGACGGGCUUGACUUGUGUUCAAACAUCGGCUGCUGGGACUUUUGGUGUCCAAACGCUGGUCAAGUAUGCAAUAAAAAUCUGCUGUCGGAAGAAAAACAAACAAUGCCACGCUUCGCUGAAACACCUUUGUUCCUGCGACGUGUUUGUAGUUCGAGGAUAGCGCAAAAAAACAAACAUGCUCUUUUGCUUUUCAGUCUGACUUCUGUUUGAAGGUCCCGAUUGUUUAUUCGUACAAGUGCAACCCAGACAAGGUCAUCUGGCAUCUGUCGGCAUGUGUUUGCAUGCUAGUGUGAGUGUGUUUAAUGUGCACAUGGACUCCAGUGGUAAAAACAAUGACUGCAAAUGCAUGAAAUCUCCACUAACACCGUAAACUACAGGAUUUGCUGUGUAUUAUGAGCUCUGGACAAAACACAAAGAAUGUCAGAUGUUUCAGACGUGUAUAUUUAUAAUCCCAAUGUUUGUGUGGUAUCUUGAUCAUUAUUGCUGUAAGUCUGAAAGAUUUUGAAUUGUAAACCAGUUUUAGUCAGGUCUGAACAGGCGUUUUAGGAGGGCGUCACAUCCACCAUCAGUGCUUCUCAGCUGGUUUUUGCUUUAGGAUCCAGAUUUUAUAUUAGAAAUCAUGUGGUGACCCGAAAAUAAACAAAAAUCAAUUAAAUGCUGAGAUAAUAUUAUAAACUAACAGUCAAAAUGGUUUAAAAUGGUUUCUUCUGCUCACCAAGGCUGCAUUUAUUUGAUCAAAAAUACAGCAAAAUCAGUAAUAUUCUGAAAUAUUAUUACAAUUUAAAAUAACCAUUUUCUACUUUAAAAUAUUUUUAAACAUCAUUUAUUCCUGUGAUGCAAAGCUGAAUUUUCAGCAUCAUUACUCCAGUCUUCAGUGUCACAUGACCCUUCAGAAACCAUUCUAAACUGCUCUAAACUUGUAAUGUUAAGAAUAUUAAUAAAUUAAUAUUAUCAUGAACUGUUUAGACUCAAAUAUAUGCAAAGCUAAAUAGGAAAACAUUUUUGCAUAAAUAAUAUCAGAAAUGUACACAUCUGGGUCGCAUUUCCUUAUUUUCAGUCUAAUUUGAUACUUUUCUACCAAAUGACAGAUGAAUUUGUGCUGAAAUAUUGUAAAGUUUGAUUGGACGAAUGACAAAAUGACGCAUUUCUCCUUCCUUUUAAAAGUUAGGCCCAUUUGACUGUUGUUUUUAUUUGUUAUUUUCCGCUCUUCAGACCAAAUUUUCGAUUUUACCCGCAGUUGAGAACAGCUGCUUUAGACUGUUGCUGAACGUUGCACUUCCUUGAGGGUUAGUUAAUGCAUAGUCAUUUUUUUAAGCCUGAAAAAUAUAAACCAAAAUAUCUUUCAGACAUGCUAAAGGUGCUAGAGAUCUUUCGCUCUAAAGAUACGAUGCCUGUAUUGGUCAAUUUUAAUAAUGCAUCUCUAGUUUAAGGUUUCUAGUUUGAUGCAGUUGUAAACUUUGCAGGCUGGAGAUGCUGAUAAAACUGUUAUAAAAAGGUAGGAAAUGAUGAUUAACAUACAGAAAAGGUUUUAUUUAGUCCGUUCACUAUAUAAGGCUUGGAUGCAUGCGCUGUAGACGUGCGUCGGCUGUCGUCCAUCACUGUGCAGCUGCUCACUGUGUCAUCUUCCUGAUGAAAGACUGUAGAGUCGAAUCGUACGUGGCUGUAUUUAAUGUGUAUUGACCUGCUGUACAUUACUGGAAAAACAUGCUCUGUGUAGUUUAUGAAUGGUAUUUAUUUUUUAUCCUGAGUGUUUCAUAUUAAAUCUGGAAGUGUAUUAAUUGUGAUACCGGAAAUAGAGGCCUUUGCUUAUGCAUUUCUACAGUGUGAUGUCAACGUUUAAGAGUCCCAAACAAAACCUGUCCUGGUUUCUCUCAGAAAUGUGAUUAGUCUCUCUACUAAACACCGAACACUUGAUCAAGGUAAUGGAAAUGUCUCUUCAAGGAAAAAUCAUCUCUGUAGGACAGGAGAAUGUUUAAUAUCAUCCUCUCUCAGGCCGCUUUCACAGCUAACACAAAAGCAACAUGUCAAUAAAGCUAUUAAAUUGACUGCUAAACUUAAUAAGAGGCAUAAAAUAUAGAAUAAUCAUUUUAAGUGAACCACUGAAAAAUAUUGAUUAUCAUGAAACUUAAUUUACAUGAGGAGGUAGAUCACAUUUACAUAACCAGAAGCCAAAGAAACUGAAUCAUUUGGAUUUGGUUGAAUAAAUAAGGUGUGAUCAACAUCAAAGCCGCACAUGGAUCCAUUUUGUCAUUCUGAAUGUCGCCGUGGACACAGAUAAUUCACAGUCUGAGGAGGUUAAAAGCUUUCAAGGGUUGUCAUCUCGUAAUUAUGGUUAUUAUGACAUGAAAUGAAUGCAGCAUAAGCUACACUGUAUGGAAGCCAAUUUCCACCACACAAGAAAAAAAAAAUGUUUUAGGAAUUAUGAAAUAUCAAAAUUGACACAAGUCAAAUUACAACAAAAAGUCAAAAUUAUGAGAUACUAAGCCAUAAUUAUUAAACAAAAAAUUUAAAUUGAAAGUCAAAGUGAUGACAUAAAAUGUCAUGAUUAUGACGAAAGUAAAAAAAAAUUAAUAAAAUAAUGACUUUUUUAAUAUAAAUAUGACAUAAACAUAAUUGACUUGUCAUCAUUUUGACCAUCAUAUAAAUUACAUUUUAUGAAAUUGACAAAAAGUCAUAAUUAUAAUUCUUUUUUGUUAUCAUUUUAACUUGCCAUAUUUGUGACUUUGCCAGUUUCAACUUUAUCUGAUUAUUGACUUUUUGUCAUAAUUAAGUUUUUUUCUUUUAAUUUAGACUUAGAAUGUCACAUAACUUUGAGUCAUAAUUUCAACUUUUUGGUCCAGUUUCAGAGACAGCGCUUAGCCUAAACCAGGAUUAGGCCUUAGUUCAAUUAGGACAUUUAAGUAGCUUUUAUAAACGUACCCUGGAAAAACUCAUUACUGGUGUGCAUCUUGAGACAAAACAAUGGCUCUGACAUAUGUUAAGAUAUGUCAGUGCAAGUUACUUUCAGUUCAAACAGCUCAAACAUGCAUUUUAGUCCAGGACUAGCUUAAGCCUUGUCUGUGAAACCGGGGGAUUAUGUCAUAAUUGCGACUUUUAAUCUCAUAUUUAUGACUUAGUAUGUCAUAAUUUUGAAUUUUAUGUGAUCAUUAUGAUUUCUUAGACCUCUAGAGAUGAUUUUUCUAAGAACGAUGUGAGACAUUAAGGCUGCAAUAAAAAAGGGCUUGAUUUUUAUUCAUUUUAAAAGACUUUCUCCAUCAUCUAUGAGACUUGUCUUAAUGGAAUGAUCUGGGAUCAGUAAAAGCUCUGUCGCCAGCAUUUGCUAAAUACUGUAUAAAUAUCUUGUUUUGCUCACAGAUGAAAGUCUGACAGGUUUAGAACAACAUUGGGGUCAGAAAAUGAUGACAGAAUAUUCGUUUUUGGGCGAACUAUUCCUUUAAGUUGAAUGAAAUGACUUUAGACGAAGGUUAAAAACUUGUAUUGAACCCAGAAGAUUCCUUAGAUAUUCUCAUUGCAUCACUGACGGCGAUAAAAAUCUGUGUGAUUCUCCGAGACUCAUUUUUCAGUGUUACUUCAGUGAGUCUCAGUGAUGUUGAGAAUGAAAACGCUGAUGUAAUGUCAGUCUGCAGACGUGAGAGGAACGUUUGGUCAUCAUCAGAACUGUUUAUUCCACGGACAAACUGGAGUCGAAUGUGAUUACUUCAUCUGCAAACAUGAACUUUUGAAAAAAAACAUGUUACAACUGGAAACGUUUCAAUGUAAGAUAUGGCUUGUUCUCUGUGUAUGUGAAUAUCUACUGUAUCCUCGUCCUGCUGGGCAGCAUGUGCAAACACACGGUGUGUGUGAGUGAUGGAGACUGAUUAAAGAAGGGAUUCAGCAGUAAAA